AUGAGCAAAGAAUACUUUCAUGAUCAAGAGGCACUAUUGGAAGCCCAAAACAAAGAUGACAUUUUAACAGAAAAUAAAUUUAGAUGGGUUAUGUUUCCAAUUAAGUAUAAAACAUUCUGGAAUUAUUACAAAGAAAUAGAAUCUCUAUUUUGGACAGCUGAAGAUUAUAAUUUUGAUAAAGACAAACAGUAUUUAGAAAAUAUAGAUAAAAAUAUGUUAAUUAAAUUAUUUGAGCUUGUUUGUUUUUAUAGUUUAAAAGAUUUACAUGUUUAUGAAGAUCAAGCUCUUAUUACUAGUAAGAUGCUUGAUAUAAUUCAGAUCCCUGAAGGAAGAGCAUAUUAUGGAUUUCAAAUGUGUAUGGAAAAUAUUCAUGAUGAAGUUUAUGCAUGUAUUUUAGAAACUUACAUCCCUGAUUCUAAACAGAAAACAGUGAUAAUUAAUAAGGUGAUACAGUUAGAUAGUGUUUUAAAAAAACAAAAAUGGUUAACAGAAAUGUUUGAAGCAAAUGUCCCAUUUUUCAAUAAACUAAUUCUUCUUUAUAUAUCUAAAGUUCUUUUUAAUGGAACAUUAAAUAUUUUAAUUGGAUACUGUAAAGAAAAUUCUAUCUUGCCUUGUUUAUGUGCAGUUCACGAGAAAAUUCAUAGAGAUGAAUAUCUUCAUGGAGAUUUCUCGGUAAUGUGUUGCAAUCAUUUAAAUAACAAAUUAAAAUAUGAAUAUGUAUUAGAAUAUUUUAAAAUGGCUGUUCAAUUAGAAUAUCAGUUUGCCUUAGAAAUGCUGGAAUUGAGUGUCUUAAAAAUUCAAAAAGAGCAGGUGAAAUCUUUUCUAGAGUAUUUAUGUGAUACUAUGUUAGUAAAUUUAAGAUAUCCGAAAUAUUAUAAUUCUAAAUAUCCAUUUUCUUGGCCAGAAAUUGAUAAAAUUAUUGUACAUGAGAAUCACAAAACAGAAAACGUCAAAAAAAAUGAUGAUAUUUAUGGAGAAAAACAGAUAUUAUUUGAUGAAGAUUUUUAA